GCUCAACCAGGUAGCCAUACUGCUGCUGGUGAGAGAGAAAAUGUAGAGGGGGAGGGGGAGAGAAUCGAUGACACAGACAUCUUUAAAAAUAAAAGCCAUAGUACAGCGGGCGGACGAGCAGCAUCGACGUCCACCCCUUGGCCAGCGCGCGCACCUGAAGCCAGAGCGAGGCGACGAGCGGGCGGGCGAGAGGGACGAACUCACCUGCACGGCCUGGUUUUUACUUCCACAACCAGCAAGACUUUCUAUCCUCCUGCCUGCCACCACCAUCUCUCUCCACCUCCACUGCAAACACCAUCACCAUCGCAAUCGCCGCUUGUCGCCAGAUUAACAGUCCUGAGGAAAGUCGGAGAGAGAGAAAGAGAGAAAGAGAGAAAAAAAACAAAAACAAAAACAAAAACAAAAGCCUCACUUCCGUGUCACACGACGCCAUUCAUGUGCGACAACUGCAGCUCCUGCGUACCGCCACAUCCUGCCACGACCUGCAGUCGUCUGUUCGCGGGUCCCACGGUUCCACCACCACAGCCAGACUAGUGUUGUUCGCAGCCAGGAACGGUCGAGUCUUUCACUUCUUUCUUCAUUCCAACUGCUUCGCUUCCAGUGAAUUCCUCCAGACAUGUCCGUCAUACUCACGGCCUGCAAAAAUUCUCGACAACGAGCCAUAGAGCGAGCUCUGAAGAGGAGGGCCGAGAAACGACGUAAGAAGCAAGCUGCGGCGACGGCCGCGGCUUCACUGGCUGCUGAGCUCGCCAUCCCGGACGACACCAAGUCUCUGAAAGUCUGGACCUUCCUGCUCAAUGGCAAGCCCAACAGCGUGGUCCUGCACCUAGAUACUCUGGAUGUUACCUGCAACGGAGAAGACACGGACUCACAGAGUGAAUUUGUGGAUGGUGGAUCGAAGGUAAGCUUCUGGCUGGGGGACCACAACGCCCAGAUCAUUACCGAGGCCGCCCCGAGUCGCUCCCACAAGCUCAUCUACACCCUGGCUAUCGACGGCUACGUCGUCCCCGACUAGUCGGCCAUCAGCAGACGUGUGAUGGGAGGAGCUGCAGUCAGUUCUGUUUGUGAGGCUGACUGAGCAAGAGAAACUGUCAACUCUCUUUGUGUGCUUCGACUUUCAGUAGUUUUGAAAGUUAAAUGAACUAAUUUAAAUUAUUUCUUUCUUUCUUUUACUAUCACUUUUCGCUAAUUCAAUCAGUCCUCAUCUUUUGCUCGUGAGUUUCUCCUUUCUUACCUUCUUCAGCAAUUUUCAUAUUUAUGUGCAAUAUUCUUUCUAACAAGACAAUUUUAUAUUUGGCUAGGUUGUUAAUGUUGUAUUAAUUAGUUAUUAAAGAGUGAUAGCACAUGAAUUUUUCAUGUGAGGUUUUUCAAAUCGAUAUUUUUAUCGAUUUUUUAAUCAAUUUUUUAUAAACACGUUUGCAAAACAUAUGAAUGUGUUUUUCGAUUUCUCUGUCAUAAUUACUUUGGUAAUACUUUGGUCAUUUUUUAAAUGUUUUCACACAUUUUUCUUAUUGCAAGACCUCUGCUGAUUUACAGUGGACUAAGGUCUUGCUCUAGAUCUUGAUUAAUAUUAUUCUUUUCUUUAAUUUUAAUCGAACUGGUUUUAAAGAAUCAUUUGUAUUUGGAGACGGCAAGGUUACAAAAUAGUGGCUUUGUUUUUUUUGUUUUUUGUUUUUGUUGGUUUUUAUUUUUUUUUUGUCUGUGGAGUGCUUUUGCUCGAGAUAGUGGUAUUCGAAAAGUGCUCUAAGAUAGUUCUAUAGCCACUUCGAGACCAACUACGCCAAUGAGAUGACCCGGAUUUUAACGUCGAGUCGUGCUUAAGUACGGUUGACCUAAAGUACGACUACUUCGUGUUGCCCAAGGUGCCGACAUGUCAAGUAUGCCCUUUCUGUGCAGCCAGGGUACACUAGUCAACAUGUAGACUGGUUUUGAAUUCUGUUGCUUUGCACACUGAUAUUUAAUCUUUGAUGUGUGUAGUUACUCUAUUAUUGUACAUGCAGAUGUUUAUAUUUUUUUUUUAUAUACUGAUGUACAACAUCUACACACAAUGUACAAGGGGCUUCAAUAACUAUACCUAUAACAUAAAAAAAUGGAGGAAACUGCCUUGGCUGAAAACAGUGGUGUUUAUAAAUUAUUUUAUUAUUUUCUUUAUGAAAACCAGUUUCAGUCCCCAGCCAUUUCUCAAACAAACACAAGAUUUCGGAAGCUGUUAAUUACACAUGAAAAUAUGUAGCAUCUUAUAAUAAACAAAUACUUUUACUAAUCUGACAAUUACCAAGAAAUCGUCGUUUUCUUCCCUAGGUUAUGAAUAAACAAAUAAAUACAAGUCAUAGUGUUUUCCAGCUUGUAAGCAAACUAACAACAUUUUCCAAGCAAUAUAUCCACCACAAAGCAUAAAAUAACAAUGCUAAACAUCAGCUGACCUGUCAAUUAAAAAAUUGAGACAAGCAGUCCCAUUGCAUUUGAUGUUUUAGAAACACUUCAGAAAAAAAUAAACUAAAACAUUUCUUCGUUUAGAAAAUUUAUCGGUUGUUUUCCCAGCACUUCGUUGCCGUCCCUCAUGUCUGUGAUACAAAGAAAUCAGUUUGGCGUUUUCGACACCACCCUCCUCUCACAAAAGCCCCUCGUGGACACAAGAAUCGCAGCCAGAGACCAACAAUGAUGUCUGUGCACAUUGAGCCAACUGGGGUCCACAGCCGUUAAUGAUCCCUAGUGGGAUCUUUGACAUCCAAGACCAUGGCUCCCCUAGUUUUGGAUCCACUGGCGUCCAUUAAACUCGCCUCUGAUCUUCAUGCGCCAUUGUGCGCGGUGUAACUAUAUUUUUUGUAACUGAGUGGAAUCGUGUGUUUGUGAGUAUAUAAAUUAUUUACUAACUGUUGAAUUAUCCGUCCUUUGCUGGUAAUCACGCUGACUACAAGACGCACAUAACUCAGAUGAAAGUUCCUUCAAAGACACCUGUGUGUGUAGUACAUCAUAAUAAACAACAAUUGUAAGCACAAAACUUCUGUAAGACACUGGAAAUGCUACCUCGACAACAUAUGUACAUAUGUACACGAGCGAGGAUAUCAAGAGUCGGUAACCACAAUCUCGCUUAAAUACACUAGUUAGCUCCCUUGUUCCCUCGACAGUAUCAUCAGCGACAAACGACAGGUAGAUGCACUACACAGGUAGUUUGGUCGACAUCAGUUCAAAGACUGCACCAACUGCAUGGUAGGAGUAUGUUUACAUAGUUUACAUUCCAAAUCAGGUCCUUGCACCAUGCAGCAAAAUAUCUUUGUGCGCAUGUCUGACAAAAAAGGGAAAUCACUAGGUGCAAAGUUUUUUUUUUUACAUUUGAACUACCAUCUGAGCCUUGAUCGAAUCGACUGAAACGAACAAACUGCAGCCAACAUUUGUUGUUGUUGUUGUUGUUGUUGUUGUUGUUGUUGUUGUUGUUGUUGUUGUUGUUAAACGCACUUUGCACCCCACCUCACCCCUCCCACUCAACAGAAAAUUGUCAAAGUCUGUUGGUGAACUGUGUAACUAGAGGUCAUCUCUUUGUUGACUUGUUGCAAAUUUUUUCGUUGCUGUUAUUUGUGAAGAAAAAUUGUGAUAUACAUACUAUUAUUUACCUGCUUGUUCAUUCCAAUACUCGUUAUGAAUCAUUUCACAGGAUUAAUUUCACGAUUUAAGUGUUGUCAUCACCGCAGGACAUUGUGAAUACCUUCUUGACUGAAGUAAUUACAGCUCACAGAAGCAAUAGCAUGUCUUGUAAAUGAAGUCGGUGGAAGCUCCAUGAGUUUGAUUUUGUCACAGACAACUUCUUUUGUCUUGCAACUAAUGUGCACGGCAGUUUGAAGGCUGGCAGUUCGAAAUUCGGUUGGAAGCAGAGACUAGACAAAGCCUAGCCUCCCCAACCUUCUCUCCUCCCCUCUUACACAUCAAUCACAACUCCCUCAUUCCCUAGCAACAGUGAAUCAGUUCAGUUCACUACCACCCGACACCCUGGUGUAUUAAAUGUUUAAUUCAGGACAGAAGAACAGUGGAGUAAGGUACAAGGUUACUUGAUGUUUCUUUCCUUUUCUUGUUAUUUAAUUAUUUUUUGUUAUUGAUGUUGCUAAGGCGGAUGGAAAUUGUUUCUUUCAACAGCACCAUUAUUAUUAAAUCAUAUCCACUGGACAUCUCUUAACACUGGACUGAAUAUUUACACAAAGUAUAAGAUCGGUUGGCUGAGCAGUGAGGUGAGCUGUAGUCACUGUUUCUCUUUAAAUGAAAGAGUAGAUUUUAUUCCUCAAAUGUGUUUGUUGUGUUGCUUAUUUGUUUUAGAAAAAUAAAUGUUUUUUUCGGAACUGA